GUGGGACGGACAGUUACACAUAUAAUCAACCUGCUCACAGACGAAACACGCCUCAGUGAUGCUGACAAGUUGAAUUCUACCAAUAUCAACCAAGUUGAAUUAUAUUUCCGAGACAGCAGGUUCGUUUACCCCGGAAGCUAACAGGAGAAUAUUUUGAUGUCAUCUAGACGUGGUGACAUCGCCUAGUCGGAGGGAUCGAACACAUGGCAAGAUGGAAGACGGGAGGAAAAGUUUGACUUUCCAAAUGCAAAUAGGUCUUACUCGAGACCAAAUAAAUGUGGAUGGGGAAUUGACUUUAGCGAGCUUGAAAGACAUCGCUUGUUCGUUUGUGGAUAGAAAGUUUCCAGAGCACGGAUUUUAUGGCCUAGUGGACAAGAUUCUUCUAUUCCGCCAUGAUGUCAGUAGUGCCAAUGUUCUCCAAAUGAUCAACUCACCAGCCGACGUUAAGGAAGGAUGUUUGGUGGAGGUUGUCUUAUCUGCCCAGACCACUAUGGAGGACCUACAGAUCCGACCUCACCUACUGUUUGUGCACUCUUACAAGUCACCACACUUCUGUGACUUUUGUGGGGAGAUGCUCUUUGGACUUGUUAAACAAGGCCUCAAAUGUGAAGGAUGUGGCUUGAACUUCCAUAAACGUUGUGCCUUCAAGAUUCCCAACAAUUGCUCAUAUGAUCGCCAGCGACGCCCAUCAACUAGCAGCUUGUCAUACUCUAUGAGAGAAAAAGUUGACAUGAACACAAUGCCAGAUGGAGGAAGUCAGACUCUAGCUGUACCAAAUCAACAGUCACUCCCCCUGGUGGGAGAACCACGCAGCAGUCGCUCUAAGUCACUUGGUGGGCGACCAAUCUGGAUGGAACGAGAAUUGUAUGGGCGCAUAAAACUCAAAGUGCCUCACACAUUUAACGUUCACAACUACACGCGUCCCACCAUCUGUCAGUGGUGUCGACGGUUACUAAAGGGACUAUUCAGGCAGGGUCUACAGUGUAAAGAUUGUAAGUUUAACUGUCACAAGAAGUGUGCCCAGUAUGUCCCUAAAGAUUGCACUGGAGAGAUGUUACAGUAUGAUGGGGCCCCGGAACCCAGUGAGAUGGGAGACACAAAUAGCACUAUUGAUACAGACAACACAGAUGCCCUAUCAUUCUCAUAUGAGGAAGGAUCACCACCAGAGGAGGAAGAGGAAUCAGACCCAAAACCUCCGCUCAGCCCAACUGGUAGUAACAUUCCACUUCAGAGAAUUGUGCAAUCAAUUAAACACACAAAAAGGACUGGGUCCAAAAUCAUCAAGGAAGGAUGGAUGGUCCAUUACUCCGACAGAAACCCCCAGAGAAAAAGGCAUUAUUGGAAGUUAGACUCCAAGUCAAUCACUCUUUACCAGUCAGAAAAUACCAGUAAAUACUACAAGGAAAUACAAUUAGCUGACAUAUUAUGCAUAGAGCAAGCCAAGGUGAAACAACAGGUGGACAUGUCCAGGGCACCCAAUGUGUUUGAGAUUCGUCUUCAGUCUGCCACCUAUUUUGUUGGGGAGGAUCCCACUUUCAAUGGACGGGAGGGUAAUAUUGUUGUGUCGUCUGAAAGUGGAAGUGGACUGGAGCAGGCCCGUUAUUGGGAACACGCCAUUCGUCAGGCCCUCAUGCCAGUUACUCCAACAACCAGUGUGGUAGGAGAGAAACAAGGUCAGCAGGGUUCAGGAACUGAUGAACAACAGUAUUUUGUUGUUCAGGAUAUUAGCCAGCUGUACCAGAUCUAUCCGGAUGAUGUACUAGGAUCAGGACAGUUUGGUAUUGUUUAUGGAGGGAAACAUAGGAAAACAAACAGAGAAGUGGCAAUCAAAGUGAUAGAUAAAUUAAGAUUUCCCACGAAACAGGAGGCUCAACUCAAAAAUGAAGUAUCAAUUUUACAGAACUUACAUCAUCCAGGAGUUGUAAACUUAGAGAAGAUGUUUGAAACUCCUGAACGGAUAUUUGUUGUGAUGGAAAAGCAGAAGGGUGAUAUGUUAGAAAUGAUUCUAUCUAGUCCAAAAGGUCGACUCAGUGAAAGGGUGACCAAAUACCUUAUAUCUCAGAUUCUGGUUGCUCUUAAGCAUCUACACUCUAAACAUAUAGUACACUGUGAUCUGAAGCCUGAGAAUGUUCUGUUAUCAUCAGAGACAGCCUUCCCUCAGGUGAAAUUAUGUGAUUUUGGUUUUGCACGUAUCAUUGGUGAAAAGUCUUUCCGUAGAUCUGUGGUAGGCACCCCAGCUUACCUUGCUCCAGAGGUGCUCAAGAGUAAAGGCUACAAUCGGUCUCUAGAUAUGUGGUCAGUAGGAGUGGUCAUCUAUGUUAGUAUUAGUGGAACAUUCCCUUUUAAUGAGGAUGAGGAAGUCAGUGAUCAGAUACAGAAUGCCUCCUUCAUGUAUCCUCCUAACCCCUGGAAGGACAUAUCGCAAGAAGCUAUAGACCUCAUCACAAACCUCCUCCAGGUCAAAAUGAGAAAACGAUUCAGUGUGGAAAAAUCUCUCGUUCAUCUCUGGCUCCAGGAUUACCAGACUUGGUGUGACCUACGCAAGUUGGAGGAAAUGGUCGGCCAGCGAUACCUCACACAUGAGUCUGACGACGACAGAUGGGAACAGUACAGAAAGGAGCGCUCCCUAAAAUCUUGGAAAGACAUUGGGAUGAAAGGUGUGAAUGAGACGUAUAAUCUGAGUAAAUCUCGCAGUGAACGUGUCAGUACUGGUGGUGCCUCCUGAUGUGUCGUCACUUUGAUAUUGUAAUCCCACUCCUUCCAGCCCCCACUGGGCCAUGCCCACUCGGUUACUCGUCUGACCACGCCCACUUGGCCAAGCCUAUGACCACGACAACCACAGCAUUUACUCCAUCCAGAAACCUUGUCCUGUUUUCUAAAUUCAUUUGUGAUGCUAUUUUUUCUCCUUUGUACGGAAUUUGUCUUUCUAUUUGCAUGCACAUGCAAUGAAAUACCCACCGAAGAUUAUGUAAUCAAAAGUCAAUCUGUUACUGUUGUUCUUUCACUAUGUAAAUGUAAUGGCAAUUUGAAUGUUUCGUCUUCUAUACAGAUAUAUGGACAAUGACAUAUUUCCUUUGACUAUUAUUUUAGGACUUAAUAAAUCAAAAUUUAUUUAAGAUAUUGAAAGUAUGGUGAAUAUUUGUUCACAGAAGUUGACAACAAACUUGUUUACAGAAGUGAACAGCAAGCCCUGUUGACAACAAACUCUGUUAUUAAAUGUUGACAACAAGCCUCAAUAGCCAUGAUACUGACAUUAUGACUGCCAUGAUGUGCAGUCUUGCAUGAGCUUCAGACCACUUUCUUUUAGAAUGUGGGUCCAAGACACACUGAUGGCAGGGGAUAAUGUGAUUUUUCCAUGUGUUUUUUUUUCCAACACUGAAAACAUUUGCUCCCAUAGUGGCAUGAUAAUGAAUGCUCUACAGAGCUUAUGUUGAUUGUUGAACAAUGCAAAAUAAGGGUUCAUUUCCUUUCCAAGCUCUGUUAGUAGAU